AUGGCGCCGCGGAGCGAGAAGGUGUGCGGGCUGCGCGCGCUCCCGCCGCCGCCGCCGCUGCUGCUUCUGCUGCUGCUGCUCGCGCCCUGGCCCGCGGCCAGCCACGGCGGCAAGUACUCGCGGGAGAAGAAUGAGCCCGAGCCGUCCGCCAAGCGCCAGCCCGGGGAGGAGUUCCGCAUGGAGAAGCUGAACCAGCUGUGGGAGAAGGCCCGGCGGCUGCAUCUGUCUCCUGUGAAGCUGGCUGAGCUCCAUGCUGACCUGAAGAUACAAGAAAGGGAUGAACUCAACUGGAAGAAGCUGAAGGUCGAAGGCUUAGAUGAGGAUGGGGAAAAAGAGGCAAAGCUGAUAAACAGCCUCAAUGUCAUCUUGGCCAGGUAUGGACUGGAUGGGAGGAAGGACGCCCAGGUGAUACACAGCAACGCCCUCAAUGAUGGCCAGGAUGAGCUGGGGGACCCCAGGCUGGAAAAGCUGUGGCACAAGGCAAAGACCUCAGGGAAGUUCUCUAGUGAAGAACUGGACAAACUAUGGCGGGAGUUUCUACACCACAAAGAGAAGGUUCAUGAGUAUAAUGUGCUGCUGGACACACUGAGCAGAGCUGAAGAAGGUUACGAAAACAUCAUAAGUCCCUCCGACAUGAGCCAUAUCAAGAGUGACGUCCUGUACAGCAAGCACGGGGAGCUGAAAGACAGGCUUCGCAGCAUCACCCAGGGUCUGGACCGCCUGAGGAAGGUCAGCCACCAGGGCUAUGGCCCUGCCUCUGAGUUCGAGGAGCCCCGUGUUAUUGAUCUGUGGGACCUGGCCCAAUCUGCAAACUUUACUGAGAAGGAGUUGGAGUCAUUUCGGGAGGAGCUCAAGCACUUUGAAGCUAAGAUUGAAAAGCACAACCACUACCAGAAGCAGCUGGAAAUUUCCCAUCAGAAGCUGAAGCAUGUGGAGAGCAUCGGCGACCGGGAGCACAUCAGCCGGAACAAGGAGAAGUACGCGCUGCUGGAGGAGAAGACCAAGGAGCUGGGCUACAAGGUGAAGAAGCACCUUCAGGACCUGUCCAGCAGGGUCUCGAGAGCACGACACAACGAGCUCUGAAGACAGGGGCCCACCACCAGCAGAAGGGUCGAGGAGGGCCCAGAGAAGCUCCUGAAGGCACCCGGGAGUUGUGAUGUCUCUGUGGACAGACCCAUGGUCACAGUGCCAUAGCUGGUCACAGUGCCAUGGCAGGAGGGAUUCUUUCACACACAGAUCUGUUCUGUCCCUGGUUGCCAAGGACUUCUUUUCCCUGAAGCAAACGUGGCCAUCGCUACCCUGGUGGGGACCUUGCUGCCAAUCAGGUGUGACUGUUCUCCAUGCUGCAACAAUAUGGUUUGCAAUGAAAUCCCAUAAACCUGCCACUGGAGCUGCUGUGUACAAAGUCCUUAAAUACACAGCCAUUUUUUGAACUGCCCAGUCCUUGCUUGGUCUCUAGGGUUGGGGCCUCCCUAGCUAGAGCCAGCAUAUAAUAAAGUAAGUUGCAGGUGGGAAAGGGCUGGUGUUACCCUCAGGUCUCCCAUCUCUUUGGUCUUCACGCAAGAUCCUUUGCCUCACGUUCCCUACAUUGCCUUCCCAGUGGCAUGGGCUGGCCUGGUUUUAAAUCAGAGCCCAUUAGAAAUAAAGUUUUGAGACCAAGA